AUGAAGGCCAGACUGCCCCAUGUCCAUGUCCUCACCCUCCUCGUAUCAAUCCUGGCAUUUUCCUGUCUCGCUACCAGCACAGAGCACACGACCGAUGAAUUCACUUUCAGCUGUGUCCCGUUGACCACACAACUCUCCGAUCCGAUAGUGUCCCCAGGUGGAAUAUCGGAACAUGUCCACGUGGUCGCCGGAGGUACAGCAUUCCAGAGGACAAUGGGCGUCAACACCGCCCGCAACGCCCAAGAGACGACUUGCGGCGUAGCGAUUGAUAAGAGCAAUUACUGGAUCCCACAGUUGUACAAUCAAUUACAGAAUGGCUCUUUCCAGCUCGUGGAGUAUCAGUCGAGUGCUAUAUAUUACCUCAACCGAGCGUGUGAGUAUGGAGUUAAUCUAACGAGCUGCGAUGCGUCGGAGUAUCCAUUGGCUCCACCAGAAGGGCUGAGGAUGGUAGCUGGUGAUCCUGAUCUACGAUCAUACAAUGACUCUGAUUUGGCUCAGAAAGCCAUAUCGCACAUGUGCAUAGAGUAUGACGGUAGCUCCAACGAAACAAAGCAUUUCCCACGACAACCUUGCCAGAUCGUGCGGUCGCAGGUUUUUAUGCCUUCCUGCUGGGAUGGUAAGAACCUCGAUAGUGCGGAUCACAAAAGCCAUAUGGCAUAUCCCGCGGUCGGGGAUUAUAAUAAAGGUGUCUGUCCUAGAUCUCACCCAGUGGCGAUAUACUCAAUCUUCAUGGAAUUCUUCUUCAACACGGGUCCAAUAGGGAGUGGCCAGAGCCUGGUGUACUCCAUGGGUGACACAACUGGGUAUGGAUUGCACGGUGAUUUCAUUCACGGCUGGACCGACCAAGCUGCCCUGCAACAAGCUAUGGACACCUGUACGGGGCCCAAGGGAUUAGACGAUCCUGAUUGCUCGGUAACAAGAACCCAAAAGAGGGCCUUGACGCCCCUGUCGCAGCCUUUGGAUGUUGGGGAGCCGAAGGAUGAGCUGGGACAGAGUGGACCUCUUGACAGCUUGCCGGGAGAUAACCUUGUAAUGUGGCCGGAUGAGCCGGAGUGA